GUUCACAAAAACCGAAAUAACCUACAAAACAUUUCAAUACAAACUUUGCUUAUAUGGUUAGUGUUGUAUUUUAAAUAUUAUUUAUCCAUCAAAGAUGUCGACACCAUCAAAGCGUCCUUCAUCUAGGGCAUCUUCUGACGCUGCCACUCCAUCACGAAGAACGCGUUCAUCUCAACAAGUUGUGGUACCUGAGACUCCUCAAAGAUCAACCGGUACACCGUCUAAAGAUGGAACUCCUGGAACACCUAAAAGUCCCCGGCGGACUCCACGAACUCCCAGAGAGGUUCCUGGUACGUCACCAGCUCGACCUUUGCCAUCAAGUCCCCUUGGCACAGAUAUAGACAUGAGUUCUCCACUUAAUUAUGGCACACCUAGUUCCCUGAGUACUCCACGAUCAUUGAUGCGUGGAGUAAUGACUCCAGCAAGGCAAAGAGCUGACCUCAGAAGUAAUCAGUUGGCACCUAAUGUACCAGCUCCAACUCCUACUAGACGAGGAGAGAAUGGUGUAGAAGAGACACCAUCUAGCGAGCCACAGUUGGUAGUGUGGGGUACGGACGUGGCAAUAGCAGAAUGCCGAGUAAAGUUCAUCAAGUUCAUACAGAGAUUUGUCGAACCCACUGCUGUAACUAACGAUCCUUUGUAUGAACAGAAAUUAGAAGAGAUACACACAUUAGAAGAACCGUUUUUAGAUGUUGAUUGUGAACAUGUUAAAGUUUUUGAUCCCAAAUUACAUAGGCAGCUUGUUUGUUAUCCACAAGAGGUGGUUCCAGCUUUUGAUGCGGCUGUCAAUGAAUUGUUCUUUGAGAAAUAUCCAGCUGCAGUAUUGGAACAUCAAAUACAAGUGCGGCCCUUUAAUGCUCCACGAAGGCACAUGCGAGACUUGAAUCCAGAAGAUAUCGACCAACUGGUGAGCAUAUCGGGUAUGGUGAUCCGCACGUCGAGCAUAGUGCCGGAGAUGCGCGAGGCGUUCUUCAAGUGUGCGGUGUGCGGCGCUCCCGCUGUCGCUGAACUCGAGCGAGGCCGCGUGCCCGAGCCAGCACACUGUUCACACUGCUCCACCGCCCACUGCUUCCAGCUGCUGCACAACCGGUCACACUUCAGCGACAAACAGCUGGUCAAGCUGCAGGAGUCGCCAGAUGAUAUGCCGGCGGGCCGUACGCCCGCGACCGUGAGCGUGAUGGCUCACGGCGCGCUAGUAGAGCGAGUGGGAGCGGGAGAGCGAGUAUGCGUGACGGGUGUAUAUCGCGCCUCUCCUCACACCAUCCAUCCCGCUCGCGCCACGCUCAAGGCGUUGCACCGCACGCAUAUAGAUGCGCUGCAUUACAACAAGGUUACCACUACGGGCCUGCUUAACACAGAGGACGGUAAAGAGCAUAAUUUUCCUCCAGAACGAGUGGAACUUUUUAAAGCUCUAUCCUCACAAUCGGAUUGUUACGAACGGUUAGCACGUGCCAUAGCUCCAUCUAUAUAUGAAAACCUUGACAUCAAGAAGGGAGUUUUAUUGCAGUUACUCGGAGGCACUAAAAAGACUUUUAACGCUGCAGGCAGAACACAUUUUAGGUCGGAAAUAAACAUCCUGCUAUGCGGUGACCCUGGGACCAGUAAAUCCCAGCUGUUACGUUGGGUUUACGACCUGGUGCCCCGCGCUCAGUACACAUCAGGGAGGGGCUCCUCCGCUGUAGGACUCACCGCUUACGUCACAAAGGACCCCGACACCAGGCAACUGGUUCUACAGACUGGCGCAUUGGUACUUGCCGAUAAUGGUAUAUGCUGUAUCGACGAGUUCGACAAAAUGAAUGAUUCCACUCGCAGUGUACUUCACGAGGUGAUGGAACAGCAGACCUUGUCUAUUGCAAAGGCUGGUAUCAUAUGUCAACUGAACGCUCGCACUUCGAUUUUGGCCGCCGCAAAUCCUGCUGAAUCACAGUGGAAUAAGAACAAGACUAUUGUUGAGAACGUACAGUUACCGCACACACUUAUGUCCAGGUUCGACUUAAUAUUUCUCAUACUCGAUCCGCAAGAUGAGGUGUUCGAUCGUCGUCUGGCCUCGCAUCUCGUGUCCUUGUAUUUCAAGGACCCCACUGAUUCGCAGGACGAUCAGGAUAUUGUAGAUAUGUCUCUGAUGCGUGACUACAUCGCAUUCGCUAAGGAACAUGUACAUCCAGUACUUAGUGAAACCGCCCAGCAAAGAUUAAUUGACGCAUAUGUCGAUAUGAGACGCGUGGGAAGCGGUCGCGGACAGAUAUCAGCAUACCCGAGACAGUUGGAAUCACUCAUAAGACUUGCGGAAGCUCACGCGAGGAUGAGACUCAGCCCCACUGUUCAACUGUUAGACGUGGAUGAGGCAGCCAGACUACACCGCGAGGCUCUCAAGCAAUCUGCAACGGAUCCGGCGUCCGGCCGCAUCGACGUAGGGAUCCUCACCACAGGGCUGGGCGCGGCCGCGAGACGACGCCGCGCCGACCUGGUGGCAGCCCUGCGCGAACACAUACAACCGCUGCCGAAACCGCACACACUCACACACUCUAGACUACUGCAGGAGAUCAAUGCGCGCGCACAACUGAUGGUGACAAGAGAACAGCUGGAUGAAGCUCUACGCGAUCUACAAGACGAAGGGAAAGUAGUCGUAGUGAGCCACACGCACGUACGUGUAUGCUGAUACAGCCUUAUUUAUGAAAAUUUUAAUUCCGUUAAGCUUUAAUUAUAAGAUUCUGAUUUUGUAAUGUCCAAUAAAGGUGAUAUAAGUGU